CUACUUAAUAGCUUAAGUGCGACCAUCACCUCGUGAAUGCGGAUCGCCUCCCAUUGAAUCCCUUCGAUAAAAUUCCUUUGUUCUUGAGACGUCGCCGCAGGGUUCAAGCCACCGAGAACCCGCUAUACCGCAUUGAGUAGUUCGACGUCACGCAAGAUAGUUAGCAGAUAGCUCGGCGGUACGGAGUACAACCACCAUCCACUUCUGAUCUUCUCUGCUUCGUACGAGUAGCUCGCGGCAAGAAGCCAGGACACCUCCUUAAGUUUAAUCAAAGAACCUAACAAUAAAAGAAUUGUCUACAUGGCUGCACUAUCACCAGCGACCAUGCCCCGUGGACAAGACGCCGGCGACAUGGGAGGAGGGGGAGGAGGGGGAGGAGGGGGAGGCUUCAUCCCACCAUCAGCACAUCUUCCAUCUUCGACACCCACCACAUCCUCCGCAACCCCAUCGCUUCUCCCCAAACCACGAGCCCACCCUUUGCGGCCGGGUUCCGCAAAAGAAGCCACGGUCCUCGAGUAUAUCGACAAGAAGCUUCUGUCCAUCAACCGCCGGCAUGCUAAGAAGUUCAGCGCGGCUCUGAUUGCACCGGUGGCUGAGUCGGAAAGGGGCUACGAGAGCUUUAAGGAAGUAGCGAAAGACUUUGAGAGUUUGGUGGAUGUUUUGUGGGUCAGUGGGACUCCUUCAUUACAGAUACCCUACCUGAUCUCGUUGGCCGUCCAGGUCAACUCUUAUCUACCGGAUUAUCCAUUCUCGGCGAAGGCGACGUUCCGGUUGCUGCGGAAGCUGGACUCCGUCUUUGCAUCGCUCCUGUUGGGGGAGGAUGUGGACUCCGGGGCGCCGUUGCCGGGGUUUGAGGCACGGACGAACGUAGUCUCGAUGACGGAGAAGGUGCGUAUCAAGAGUAUUGCGGAGACCUGUCGGGUUGUGGUUGUGGAGGCGAGGGAGCAGGAGGAUCUUGCCGAUGAUGAUGAUGAUGAUGAUGAUGAUGGUGGUGGUGGUGGUGGUGGUGGUGAGAGGAAUGGGUUUGGGGAUAGUAGUGAGAACGAUGACGAGGAUGAGUUGAUGGAUGAUGCGUUGGGGAUGGAUGGGUAUCCGAUCCCCGGUAGGUGGGAGAUGGAAACGGCCAAGGUGUAUGAGAAGACGAUCCAAUUGCUUGGGGAUGAGUUGGGGCAGGCCGAUCCUGGGGAGUUCUGCGAUACUGAUAUGGCUGCUGGGGAGAAAGCCGGCCAAUGCGAUGGAUCACUCACUGUCUGGUGA